UUUACAAUUUUACAGUUUAACCCUGCCCUGCUGCUGUGCCGCAUACAUCCAAAUUCCAAUUGAAGCGAGUCUCUCUCUCUCUCUAUAUCUCUCUCUCUUUUUUUCUUUGGAUCCAGUUAAAAUUAGAUCCCUCGUUCAGUAAUUUUAACUUCAUCAUUUCCAAGUAUUCUAUUUCUAUUAAAGAAAUCAUCAGUCCCUAUUUCAGCAAUUCCCUCCCUCCCUCCCAGUCGCCAACCCGCUUCUUAUCCGAGGAAAAGUAAUAAAGAUGCAGCAACCUGGUCCAAUGUUUCCAGUCAUCCCCUCAUUCCCCCCUACUAACAUCACUACCGAGCAGAUUCAGAAGUACCUGGAUGAGAACAAAAAAUUAAUAUUGGCAAUUUUGGAUAAUCAAAAUCUUGGCAAACUUGCUGAAUGUGCUCAGUACCAGGCUCAACUUCAAAAGAAUCUGAUGUACUUGGCUGCAAUAGCUGAUGCACAACCACAAACACCAACAAUGCCAAGUCAGAUGAGUAGUCAACAUCCUGGAAUGCAACAAGGAGGAGGGUAUUACAUGCAGCCGCAGCAGCAGCCUCAGGGAGGAGCAGCCAUGGCGGGGGGUAUAUUCUCCCCCUUGAAUAAUCCACAUCAUCAUCAACUGCAAGAUCCCCAUUCCCAAAUGACCAUCACCAGGCCCAACAAUGGCAUUAAUAACAACAAUACCACGAAUAAUACCAUUCAAGAUAAAGCUGCUGAUGCCCAUGUUAUUGGGGACGGAGCUAAGUGAUCAACAAGGCCCAUGUCUCAGUUGUUGAUAAGUGUUGUACAACUAGUUUCUGCUUUCUCCUUUCUUUCUUGUUCUAAUAGAAACAGACAUGCAGGCCUUCUCGCACAUUAUUUAAUGAUAUCUUCCUUUUUUUAUCUUGCUAGUCGUCUUGUGCAGUUCGGCUCCUUUGUUUUGCGUCUAAUUUAUGCUGACGGUUCUCAAAGAGCAAUUUAUAAGCACAAAAUUCAAGUUUUUUUUUUC